AUGUCCGAUAUCGAGGACGAGCUGCUCGGCCUCGCCGAGAACGACCCCCACCACAGCAAGAAGCGGGGAAAGCAGAAGAGCCAAGCUUUUAUGGAGGAUUCCGACGAUAAUGAAGAGGACAUGGACAUGGAUUUGGACUCGGAUGACGAUGACUCCCGUCGAGGAUCAGGGAGAGCGACCGGGGAUCCAUACCCUUUGGAGGGCAAGUACAGGAAUGAGGAGGACCGAGACUAUCUGCCAGAGAUUGAAAAGGAGCAAAUCCUCGCCCAGCGACAAGAAGAGAUCCAAAAGUACAAGGACUCCAUGCAACUUGACGCCAUGUGGAAGAUGGCUCAGAUGGAGGGGGACGACUCGGACGAUGGACACGCCAAGAAACGUCGAAAGCACACGUCGGUGACUACGGAGGCAUCAAGGGCUAUGGCGGAGCUCAAGAACAGACGAAAGCAGAAGGAUGAGAGAGCGCAGCGUCGAGCGGAACGACGUCUUAGACAUCCAGGCUCGGCCUCUCCUGCCCGUCACGACGAUGCGUCCUCUGAGGAGGGUGAGAUUUCAAUCCGCGAUGAUUGGCGUGCCACCUCUCCUCCCAGUCGCCCCGAGCGACGCGAAAAAGGAGAGGUCGAUCUUGACGCCACGCCUGCGAACUACAAGGAGCUCGACUCCGCUCGCCUCAGCAGAUAUGAGCUCGUGGACCUCAUGUACAAGGAUGAGUUUGAAAAAGUCAUCACCGAUUCCUCUGGCAGUCACGGCCGGUAUUCGAUCGAGUAUAAGGGAAAGCAGGUCACCGAUACCCGCGCGCUCCUUUGUUCGUACGGAAAGGUUCAGAGGCUUUACCGAAUCGCCGAUGUCUCCAACAGCGAGUUUGAUGAGUCUGAGUUCUCACGCUUCAUGCUCACGUGUCAGGGCGACGGUGUUCUGCCGCCUCGACGCUCGGAGCUCAAACACAAGCAUGACCAGAUCCGCAAGCUUCGAGACCGGCCUAUGACAGAGGACGAGAUCAACCGUCAGAUCCAGGCGAGGCAGCAACACAAGCCCACAGCGCAUCGCACGAAGAUCGUGCUGGAGGUCACGUCACUCAUGAGAUCCAAGGAGCUCGCGCUUCGUCGCAACGACUUUGAAGCUCUUGAACUUCUCACUCAGCAGAUCAGGGAUUUGGGAGCUGACCCCAACACCGGCGAGCUUGAGGAGGGGGGAGAGGAGCUCAAUGAGGCGGACCUCCGGAUCCAGCGGAUCAACGAGAAUAACCGGAGAAAGACGAAGGAGUCCAUGGCGAGGGCACACGAAGCCGCUCUUGCAAAGAAGAAAGCGGAAGGUGCAGUCCUCAAGGCCAAGGCAGCCGCCAUGGCCUUGGCGGACCAUGUAGCCGCUGAGGCACCGCCCGUGUCUGGUCUUCGCAAGGGAGAGACGCCUCAGCAAUAUGUAGCUCGAACCAUUACCUUGGAUCUGGGCGAUUUCUAA